AUGUGAAGACAAAGCCGAGAGGUGGGGAGGUCUUGGGGUUGGUGGUGGCAAUGGAGACUGGCAACAACCCUAAUUCAUCCUCUGCAACUGCAAUGUCGAAUCCUGGAUGGCCCACAAUUGAUGGUCCACUAGGCCUCUCUGAGGAAGAGUCUGUGGCUUACGCUCGCAGAUUCUUUAGAUUCGGAUUCUGCCUUCUUCCUUGGCUUUGGGCCCUCAACUGCUUCUACUUCUGGCCUGUUCUUCUUCGCUCUCGUUCCUUUCCUCGCCUUCGCCCCUAUGUUGUAGGAUCUGCAGCCGGGUUCACGGUUUUCACAGUUCUUCUCUCCUCAUGGGCUCUUACAUUUAUCAUAGGAGGGAAGCAUCUCUUUGGCCAUGUUUGGGAUGAACUAGUAAUGUACAAUGUUGCUGACAAGUUAGGCUUGACAGGUUGGAGCUAGUCAUAUACCUUCCCCUGGGUCCGAAGGUCACAACACUUCCUCUCUUUACCUAUUUUAAGUGCUCAUAGAUGUAUAUUUUGUUGUUGAGAGAGAUUGAAAGACUUGGUUAUGUAAGUUACUGUUGUUCAUGGUGGAAAUUCAAAUCAGGAAAUGAAGUGUAAUUUAAAUGAUGCUGCUCAUUCUUGAGAUUGCCACAUGACCAAUAUAUAUUUCGAAGAACAAAUAUAUCAUGAGCUAGAUGAAGCUGACAUGCUAACAGGGAGGAAACCUUUGUCCAUUCUGUAGAAGGCCUCUGGAUGCUUAUUUUUUUUAAAUACAGUUUCUAGGCUUCACUUUUCCAA